UUGUUUAGACGGUUACGAGACAUCGCUGGUAGCAUACGAUGGCACCAAGAUUAACAGUUUUAUAUUAUCUAAUAUGUUUAACAUUAUCGUUUGUAGACAGUGCUCGAAUAUUAGGUGUAUUUCCAACUCCUUCAAUCAGCCACCAAGUUGUUUUUCGUACACUAACUCACGAAUUGGCAAGACGAGGACAUGAACUUAUUGUUAUAACAUCAGAUCCUGUGCAUCCAAAGGGACCUAGAAAUUUAACUGAAAUAGACGUCCACGAUUUGUCUUAUACGAUAUGGAAUAAAGGUAUUUCAGAAAUGGAAGACGGUUCCAGAGAUGUUACCAAACAAGUAGAAGCAAUGAUGUAUUUAAACUAUGAAAUUUUCGAAGAGCAAGUAAAAUCUAAAAGUGUACAAAAGUUAUUGUCGUACGAACAUGAUCAUUUCGACUUGAUAUUUGUCGAGGCUUUCCUAGGAUAUACUUUAGGAUUUUCACAUGUUUUUAAAGCGCCAGUAAUUUUGGUCAGUUCUUUUGCUGGAGUAUGGGAUAAUUACGAUGCCAUAGGAGCACCAACACAUCCAUUUUUAUAUCCGAAUUCGGUAAGAGAUAGAUUGAACAACAUAACAAUGUGGGAAAAAUUUAUUCAGUUAAGAAAAGAAUACAAGAUGAGAAAUAUGAAUUCAAAUUAUGAGACCGCGAAUAAAUUAUUAAAGAAGUUAUUUGGUGCGGACACUCCUCCGGUUCAGAAAUUAUUUGACAAUGUAGCAAUGUUGUUUCUAAACGUGCAUCCUAUUUGGGACAACAAUCGUCCUGUGCCUCCAGGUGUGGUUUACAUGGGUGGGUUACACCAGAAUCUGAUAAAAGAAUUACCAAAGGAUCUCAAAUUUUAUCUCGACUCGUCUAAAAACGGAGUUAUUUACUUUAGUUUGGGCACAAACGUAAAACCGUCUUACGUUCCUCCAGAAAAGCUACAAGCUAUUAUAAACGUAUUUUCACGACUACCGUAUGAUGUUCUGUGGAAAUGGGACAAUGAUGAACUACCAAUUCGUUCAAAUAAUAUAAAAAUAUCCAAAUGGCUUCCACAAUCUGAUUUACUGAGGCAUCCGAAAGUAAAAUUAUUCAUAACUCAGGGAGGUUUACAAUCGACCGAUGAAGCUAUUACUGCGGGAGUACCUCUUAUUGGUAUACCAUUACUCGCGGAUCAAUGGUACAAUGUGGAGAAAUAUGUGCAACAUAAAAUUGGAGUUAGAAUUGACAUAGAUUCACUGACAGAAGAAAUGUUUGAAAACUCAAUACACACUGUUAUCAACGACACAAGCUAUCAUGAGAACAUAGUGCGUCUGCGCAGUAUAAUGCAGGAUCAGCCGCAGCGUCCACUAGAGCGCGCCGUGUGGUGGACAGAGCACGUGCUGCGUCACGGCGGAGCGCGUCACUUGAGGAGUCCGGCCGCAAACAUUUCCUGGACUCAAUAUUUAGAAUUAGAACUUUUAUUUACUUUAACUAUUAUAUUAAUAAUCGCUCUUUUUGUUCUUGUUAUGGUAACUAGGUCGAUUUGGAAUGUUAUAAAUUCAAAUUUAACUACAAAAAUGAAAAUUAAAAAGUCAUAAACAGAUAUAAAAGGAGUGAUAGCAAUAUCUAAAAUUGGGUGUUUUAUAAGGUCUGAAAGUUGAAAGGAAGAUUAAUUAUUAAAGUAAAGCGCUUGCGUAUAUGUAGUCAAGG